AUAAUACUCAAUGCCAGGCUUUGUCUUAGAGGAAGCAUUUCCACUUGCACGGUUUAAUAAGAAACUCAAUGAAGACAGUAGUCGCUUAUUCACUGUCAGCAUCAAUGCUUUGGAAUCCGUUUUGGACCCCAUUCAUACUGCCGAUCGCUCUGAUACGGCUGAUCAAGUAGCUGUCACUGUUCAGGGCGAAGGCUUUAAGAUAUACAAUACAAUAGAUCAAAAGUGUAUAAAGUCAUGGAAUGCACCUCCUGGCGUUCUCUUUGCUGCUCCAGCUACUCAUCAGGACGGCGGUAGUGAUCCUGAAUCAACUGAUUACACCUACGCCAUUAUAGCCUCGAGCCCUGAUUUACUAAAGGACGAAGAAUAUAAAACAGUCUGGCUAUGGAAGAACAUAAAGAACAACGAUAAUGACAACUUGGACCACAUUACCAAAAGUUUUGAUGAACGUAUUAGUGCUAUACACAUAUCACCUGUCUUACAAUCACAUGUUAUUAUGAUUGGCGAAAGUGGAUCUGUUGAAUUAAACACCAAAGAUCUCGAACGUUUAAUUGCAAAGCAAAAGGGUCAGAAGAACACUCGUGUUGCAUGGUCUACUGUCUUUGUUACUUCUAAUGCUCACUGUUGUAUUCCUUCCUCAAUGGUUCCUCCUAGAUCUACGAUUGUUGUUACUGUCAGCAACUCUGUUGGAUCAGACACCUACACAGUAAAGCUUGAUUAUGUCAAUGUCGAACGUAGAAGUAUAGAUAACCUUGCCAGCAUCGAUAUUAAAUUAGCCGAGAAACCUAUCGCAUUCACUUUAGACCCUAUUGACGGACGGUUGACUAUCCUGAGCGUAGCUGGCACCUGGACAGUAUGGCGUCUACAGUUAAAAUAUAGCUCAUCCAAGAAGAUUGCAAGUCAUUUGACCGAACAUUUAUCCAUCAAAUUGAAUGGAUACCGAUUUAGUGACAAGUCUCUGGGUAACGUAGCAGCUACUGCACCUUUGGGCGAUAGCUAUGUGGCCAUGAUCGCCCCUCGAACAGGAAACAAGAAGAAUAGCAGCGAAGCAGAGCAUGUCGUGAGCGUCUGGGAUAUCAAGUAUGGCACACUACAGGCAGAACAGACCAUCAAGACAUCAGAGAAAAACGUAGCCAACAAGAACUGUGUUUGCAGCAUUGCCACUUUACCCAACUCUCAUUUAGCCAUCACGAUUUCAUUCAUAGAUGCACAAGGCUCGAAAAGCAGUGGAAAGUCAUCAAAGAAGACUGUAGACACUACUUCAGUUGUCAUGCUCUGUCCUUAUUACAGCGAACCAGUUUCUUUAAUGGCAGCUAUGGGAAAGAUGAAGCAAACGGUUGAAUUCAUGGGCAUCAGCGAGAAUCUUGAUUCAGUAGACAAUAUUGGUUAUUCACGAAGUGGAAAAGAAACAGUGAUGCGUGAAAUACACUUUUCAGCCGAUUUACAAGACUCUGAUGAAAUUUAUGAAAAAUGGGUAUCGAAAAUUCACAAGAUUCAAGAUGUGGAAGCAAAAGUGCUUGCUGACUUAUUGCGUCCUGAUGUCUCUGAAGAUAAGUUUGUUGACACAUUCUUUGAUUACAUUCGUGUGAAGAGAGUUGAUGUGACCGAGGAUAAUGAUACAACUAUGACAGAGGCCCAUCUUGAAGCCAAGACAGAACAAUAUCGCAACAUUAUGCUGAACAGAUAUCAGCCUUCAAAAAAGAAGUCGGUUGAACUGUCACAAUUUUUUGUCUCAAAGAUUGUUUCACGCUGCUUUGAAUCAAAGGGAGACAACAGUUUUUGGCCAGUGGACGUACUUCUUUAUUUAUUGAAGAAGUCACUUAUUCGUAGUAACUAUUGCGAAAAAGGCAUCAUCAACGCGCUCCUGGAAAGAAAAGAAUGGGCACUUUUGCCUAUUAUACUUGAAACAGUUCAUGAUAUUCCUGAAAAUGACUUAGUAACACUCAUAAAAGCGUUGAUUAGUAUACAUAAUGAAAAUAGCAAAGAAUGGGACACCGCUAGAUUCAAUACAUACUUCAAGUCAAUCGUAGAAGCUCCUAGAAAUGAUAUCUUCCUUCAGCAAUCACUAAAGCGAAUCAAUGCAGCCGAAUUACCUAUUAUCUUACAGACACUUGCCGUUUGGUUAAAGGAAAAAUCCUCAAAUUUAAACAAUCGCAGCAAUAUUGUCGAUUUUUGCAACAGUAUAUUGGACGUUCACUUCCCAACACUUAUCUUGGAGCCAUCAUUACAAUCUAUUGUUCAUACUUUGCGUGAACUGACUUCUCAUGAGAUUGAGGUUAUCGAUGACCUUGAGCAGUUGAGAAAUAUUCUAGGUGCUUACAACCGUAAACAUAAGCAUGCACGUGCAAAGAAAUCAUUAGAAAGAAAAGCUAGACAAGAAAACGCGGACGCACCAUAUGAUGAAUUGACUCGCUUUAGAAAGAAAAAGAAUGGCAAAUUCGGUGGCGAGCAAGGUAUACCAGUCUAUAGAGUGGAAGUAUUCAGGUUUUAAUAGAUUAACUCACCAUGUCAUUUCUUUGUAUUUUCUUUUAAAAAUAAACACAUGUACAC